AUGGGAUCCUCACUUUCACAUUUUUGGGAAAAUGUAUACAUGGACAGAGUGGAGAAGGAAUUUGAGAAGUCACCGCUGCAACCAAGAGGGCUUAUGCGAUAUUUGGACGACUACAUUGCACUUUGGUCGCAUGGUGAGGGAAGUUUGGAUGAAUUCCUCAAUUUUAUAAACCAACUUGACGCAAGAAUUGAAUUCACAAUCGCGGUGGAGGAGGAUAAGCGACUACCCUUCCUCGAUUUUGAGGUCAUUCGUGCCAACGGAGUAUGCAAGAGGAGACUAUUCAGAAAGAAUAAGCCUCAAUUACCAAUCUGA